AUGUCGACGCUGGGAACGAGUUAUUAUGUCGACUCGCGCAUUCUCCCCGAGCAGGAAGACAUGGCACCGAGGUACUCAUCAGCUGCAGGGGUGGAGCAGGCGGUGGUCACCGAAUAUGGCGGACAGGAGUCGUGCCCCUUGCAAGGGAAAUCGUCUAUUUUUGGUGGAUCUUGGAGCAGCAUCUCGGCCCACCCUCCGAAUACGACCACCCCGACCUAUAUACAUCACCACUACACGAGCGGGGACAGCGAUGGCAUGUUUACGCGCUCCUGGGCGUUGGAUCCGGUCUCCGCGUCCCUGUGUUUGACGGGAUUACCAUCGACAGCCAUGCAUUAUGAGAUAAAACCCGAGCCCCUGAUUGGGAGCGCCGAAUGCACGACUCUGGAGACGCACACACCUCUUUUGUCUGACAUUGAAAACGGAGCAUCCCUUGCGGAGAUUCCCUGCGAAACCACGUCGGAAGCCACCGAGGAUCACCCGUUGGGAGAGGAAAAAAGGGAGACUGACGCAAAUAACCCUUCAUCCAACUGGCUCCACGCAAAGCCCACCAGGAAAAAGCGCUGCCCCUACACAAAGCAUCAAAUCCUCGAACUGGAAAAGGAGUUUCUGUUUAACAUGUACCUCCCCCGGGAUCGUAGAUACGAGGUAGCCAGACUGCUGAAUCUGACCGAGAGACAGGUAAAAAUCUGGUUUCAGAACCGCAGGAUGAAGAUGAAGAAAGAAAACAAAGACCGGCGGAGAGACAGUUAA